AUAAAUCAAACGGCUACAAACAUACUUACUGACUCUACGUCAAAGUCUGAAAGCCAUGUGACCGUGUUGCAGAAUGGCCGAGCGGGCGGUGACAGCGAGCGCAGGGGUUGUGCAGAGAACGAUGUCUGCUGUCGGGGCUGACAGGCUGCUCAGCAGUGUGUGGGGCUACGCUGACUCCACAUUACGGUGGUGCUGGAUCCCCCGCCUCCUGCCCUCAUGGUGUCCCACCUCUGAGGAUCAGCUGCAGACUGCAGAGGACAUGAUGCUGAGCUGUGUGGACAGCACGAACUCCAAACAGUACGUCCCCAUCUCCGAAGGCACCAGGCUGUGGACUCUGACCUUCAGCAGAGACUGUGUCAAAGACAGAACCCCCCUAGUUCUGCUCCACGGGUUUGGGGGGGGCGUGGGUCUCUGGGCUCAGAACCUGGACUCUCUCUCGCAGCAGAGGCCCGUCUGGGCUGUGGACCUGCUGGGCUUCGGGCGGAGCAGCAGGCCUCGGUUCUCCACAGACGCCCGGGAGGCAGAGGAGCAGUUUGUGGAGUCCAUCGAGCAGUGGAGGGCUAAAGUAGGGCUGGAGUCCAUGAUACUUCUGGGCCACAACCUGGGGGGGUACCUGGCUGUGUCAUACUCCAUUAAAUACCCUGGAAGAGUGAAGCACAUUGUGCUGGUGGAGCCCUGGGGUUUCCCUGAGCGCCCCGACACAGCAGAGGCUGACCGGCCCGUCCCGGUGUGGAUCAAAGCUCUGGGGGCCAUGUUCAGUCCCUUCAACCCGCUGGCCAGCCUGAGGCUGGUUGGACCUCUAGGGCCCACUUUGGUCCAGACUCUCAGACCUGACUUCAAGAAAAAGUUCUCUUCAAUGUUCAGCGACAACACCGUGUCAGAGUACAUCUACCACCUGAACGUGCAAACCCCCAGUGGGGAAACGGCCUUUAAGAAUAUGACCACUCCUGAGGGCUGUGCUGUGAGGCCGAUGCUGCAGAGGAUGGAGCAGCUCCCCCCUCAGAUCCCCCUCACCAUCAUGUACGGGUCCCGCUCCAGCAUCGACAGCAACCCAUGCAGCAGCAUCAGAGGCAUGAGGCCGCACUCUCAUGUAGAGAUCACAACGAUCCGUGGAGCCGGACAUUAUGUAUUCGCUGACCAGCCGGAGGACUUCAACCACACACUUUUGAAAGUAUGCAGUAAAGUGGACUGAAGCCUGGCUCCUGACCACUGGAGGAAAAGGGAAGCACCAAUGACAGACUCUUUUUCAGCAGAGGAAACAAAGGAUUGUCCUUCCUCAAAGAAGGGAUGAUGAGUGUAUUUUUAUAACAUGUGGAAAUAUGUCAAGUGCGUAUUUCUGCAUAUUUGUGUCAAAGAAUACAAUAAGUAAUAAGUGUGUGUCUGGAUAUAACCAUAGACACACACAGACACUUAAAUUCCCUCGGCAGAUUAAAAGGCACAUUUCCCAUAAAACGUGCUUCAAAUGGAGAGAACAACCUGAAUAAAUGAUCUCCAAAUCUGAGCACCACUUGCUGUUAACUAUCAAGCUGACACCUCCUCAUUUAAUUUUCCCAGAGUCCGUUCCUGGCAAAAAAUGAGAAUCCAUGGGUGGAGUCCAAAGUCUCUGUGAAAACCAUGACGUUACAGUUCAUGUUUCCUCAGUCCGACUCAAACUCCAGUCCAGGAGCCUCGCCUCAUUUCUCACCUGCGCUGCCCAGGUAAAGCAGCAGCAGGUAACCAUGACUUGUUAUCGGUUUUGGUGAAAGACUGCUGUCUACCAAGGUUCUGAUGGGUAAACGUUUGUCUUCAUCAUAUCACAUAUAGAUGAUAGGGCUUGCUUGGGGCGGUUUGCUUGUUGUGAAAAAAAGUUUCAAACAAGCGACAAAGUUAAAAAGUUAAACUGCAAUGUUUAAGGGAAUCUGGAGACAUGGCAGCCAUCUACGUCACUAUCUUGGAAAACGUAUCUGGAAACCCAGGUAUAUGAUGCUCAGACGCAUUAUACAGAUAACCCUCUAGACAAAUAGAGUCAUAAGCCCAACAUGCUGUUGACAAAGGUUAUACUGUAUGUCAAAAUGAUAUUGAAUUCCCUUUGUUUAACAUCUAAAACAAAACCUAGACAUUCUAGAUGUCUUCAAUGAAGCGGCUUCCUGAAUUCUGUUGAUUUUGCAUGUACACGGCAAACAACAGUUGAAUGGAGCUACAUUAUGGGUAGGCAGUAAUCCUUGUUGCUGGAAUCCAAUAACUGCAGUGUUUCAUUGUACAUUUAAAUAACCUUUAUUUUAAAUAAACAAGUGAAGAGUCUGCCGAGCCUCUACAAAGGAUCAUUGGAAUCUCAUGCCUGUUGAACAAGGUCUAUUCCCUAAUUGUAAUGCUAUAGACACAAUGUGAUCUGUGUCUAUAAUGUGAAAAGCAGAAACUUUACAUUAGUAAAAACGUCACAUUGAUGAAUAACUUCAAAGUGUUUCACAGAUAGUCAUUGUCACAGGCAAAUAUGUUUUUAUAAUUUCACUGAGUAUCUUGAAUUACUUAACAGUCGUUCUAGGCAUGUAAUAAAGUGUAAAUUGUUCAAAUUGUUUUGCUUCCAACUAAUUUUCCCUCGGACAGCUCAUAUAUCUAAAUGUAAAAAAAUAAUAAUGUUAUCUAUUAU